AUGCCGCUCGAAUCGAACCAUAUUCUUCAUACCUGGAUGAAGUAUUACGCCCAAAAUCAGAGUACAGAAAACAUGCCAACCGAACCAGACAAGCACGAUCUGCUUGGAUUCACAAAUAUCGAAGCGGAGCACCCCAGAUGGUACAUCCGGAAGCUGUGGCUUGUUGCGGAGAAUGAUCGAGUAGAAUAUCCCAAGUUCUUAGACUCGGAAGUUCUUAAACUUGAGGAAGAAGCGAAAAAAGUGAUCAAGAAGUAUGUGAAGAACGAGCAUGAGCGUUAUGAGGAAUCAGGUGGCGCCGCUUUUCUCAAGAAGGAAGCCGUAUAUAUACUCAAAGAGUUACGUCUUGGCCAACGUAUAUGGGGUGAAGAUUCCGGAGCUGAGAUACGGCUAAAGAGCAAUCUACCAGGGGAACGCCCACGGUGGGGUGUUCACACAGACUCCGGAUAUAAGAGCAAUGAUGAAGACAGUAUUGAGCUGUGGCUUCGAUAUUGGAUUGCUGCUCGUAUACAAAACAAGAUCAAUGCACCUUGUAACGAGAAGAAACCUAUUCCUUUAGUGACAGUGGAACGCAUUGCACAGGUAUCACCAGAACCUGUGUCACCAUCACGUCCGCACCUGCCUGAGCUCGCUCAGCGAAGGGUCUCUUCCGCUGCGUCUGAUCUCGUGCCGUUGUUAAAACGUCACAGAAAUCAUUCUUCGACGACAGUUGGGGGAAACUCUACAGCAGACAGCAGCCGAUCUAGGAGUAGAGCACGCUCAGGCGACUCGAGCGAUUCGGACAAAUCAUUCUCUUUCACAAGCUUCGAAUCAGAUGUAGACUUUCCUCUGGUAGUAAACCGAUCCAAGCGCCGAAGGACAGGAAUCCGACAGUGUCGAUCGCACAUUCGAUCUCCUCAACAGAGUCCAGAAGUCACCUCUACAGCGGGUGUCAAUCUGCCCAAUGACACCUCCACCGAUGUCAUAACAUCAGACAUGGCUAACAAAAACACUGACGUUAAUGAAGACAACCUGUCUAAGACCGAUCAAAUGAAGCGAAAACUACGAUGCGACCUAGCCCGUUUCCUGACUAGCGAGCCAGAUUACACUGGUAUCCUAGAUGAGGUUAUACCGCCUACAAAGCAGCUUUACGCGAUAAGCCCCCAUCGCAAACCAUACAGUGACUUGGACAUUCAGUUCAGAAAUUUCAACCGAGCAUUGAUCCAUUGGGAGGAUCUUAUCAAAAGGCUCAGGGCUUCCCCUGGUGCCGCACAGUCGCCUUUUGAAGACCCCCUCCAAAAGUUAGCGGCCCAAGCGAACUUUGAAGAUCGUGUCGCUAUGUUUCACAAUCUUGGGCCAAGAUCGCACGUUGAGUUUCCUCUUGAAAGUUGGACCAUUUCCCUUGCCCUGUUUUUCGAAGGCCUGCUGGGCGAUGCUUACAUGCCUUUUCCAUUCGAAGUUCUAGUGAACAACUUGAGAACUGUCAAUCAAUCCUUGUAUGAUACCAUCCACUGUAGUUCGUAUUAA